AUGCAGAAGGUAUCUGAUUCAGUUACAUCAAUCUUCAAGUUGGAAACUAAGGAAGAAAGCCUUGCCAAAUGCCUACAAGGAGAUUCAACCAUAGUUUACAGCAAAAAGUUUGGAUUGGGGUGGCGUUUUGGGCUGCAGUACUCAAAAAAAGGCUGGUCUUUUGCCAAAGUGAAGGUUUACCUCGAUUAUACCCAUUGUUUGCCGUCAGCGACAGAUGCCGCCACGGUGACUGUUUGUCUUAAAGAUGGGUCUACUCCGGAGGUUCCUUCUUUUGACAGUAGUUCGGUCUCGAUUGCUGAUGUUGACCAUCGCUCCCUCUCGCUGAUUGGCUCGUUCUGGCCAUCCGUUAUUGCUGCACACCCUUAUAUGUGGUUUACAGUCGCUAUGAAAGCAACCUUUGCUCCAGAAGUCAUCGCUAGCGCCCUCAUCAAUACUGCAUCUGCUCUUAGGCAGUCCAUGAACAACGGCGAAUUCACCGACACCAAGUACUAUGCCAUGUCCAAGCGUAGAACUGGGAGAUUUUUGGGAGAAACUCGUGCCGUAUAUGCGAAUAGUGCAAUUUUGGACCACGGCGCCGGUGUCGCGCCAGUUCUCCCUUCAUCUAUCAGUGAAAAUUCCUUAUUCGUUCAUUACCACAGCCAACAGAGGCUGAUGAUGGACGCCGAGCAAUCAUCUAAUUUUGACUUCGCCGACAGCGACAUCGAGUCGGAGGAAGAAGUAGAAGAGUCUAGCAAUCCCCCACCUUAUAGCAGAAGCCAUACCGCUGUGGCGGCACCUUCUGAGUUUGAUGCAUCCAGUGAUAUCACUUCCGAGAGCAGUGCUUUAAGUUCGGAUGAUGACAACGACAACUGGACAGAACGGGCGGCUCAGCAACAUCCAGGUUUCCGCUCGACGGACACAUUGAGGACUGAGCCGCAGCCUCGACCCUUGUCUCCGACACAGCAAAUAGUGUUGGUUCGGAACACGGCAUUCGCGACCUGGGCAUCCUAUGUAUACUAUUGCUACACUGGCCAGGUUUCUUUCUACCCCCUAAAGUCCAAAGAUCCGCUCGGCCGGCGCAACAAUACAACCCAAACUUUACGCUGCUCUCCCAAGUCAAUGUACCGACUCGCCUUGAAGUUCAAGAACGCACAUUUAGAAGCUCUGGCAUUCCAGGCAAUUAAAUCUGAUUUAUCCCAGAAAAAUAUCUUGGAUGAGGCGUUCUCACAGUUCACAUCUCAGUACCUCGAUAUCGAAAAAAUGGAACUAAAACUCUUGACAGAGUUCCGUAAUGCACCCGAAGUAUCAAGUCGUCUGAAUGAGAUCCUUGAGAGUGUUACCCGAGGAGAAAGGCCUUAUGCACAUGCUAUGCUUCAUGGCUUUUUAAUAAAUUUGGCACGGCAGGGGGCAGGUGGUACGAAGUGA